AAAGUUUCACGGCGACAUCCGUAGAAAGAACGUAGAAUAUAUGCAGGCAAAUCGUGAACUAUUUGAGAAGUCUGUUGACUAUCCUGAUCAUGAGAGUUAUGAGGCUUACUGUGUACGCAUGAGCCAAGAUGGAACUUGGGGAGAUCAUAUCCAGCUGCUAAUAUCACACACACUGGAAUACGUGUAUACCGGGAUUACUCUCGAAGUAACGAAAUCAUGCCCAAGCUGCCUAACGGACGCAUGAUCAACUUGUCAUACCAUAAUGGAAACCACUACAACAGUGUUUGUCCGAAAGAUGAAGAUGCGAUUCAUCAGAAGACCAAGGUUUGGUGGGAUUACGAGAACGCAGAAAUCCCAGCCGGUAUGGAUCACGAGCUAGCACUUGAUUGGAUCGUGAAAAAGCUUGAGGAAUAUGAAUUUGGACAAGUAGAGCUUAAGCUGGUCGUUGGCUAUCAUGACUCACCUCUCCCAAAAUUUCUGAGCAACAUUCCAAUCAUCUUUGCCAAUAAGUGUACUAGAUCUAAAAAGAUAGUCACAAAGGGUAACCAAGCUGCAGAUGUGAAGAUAAAAGAGAUGUAUGCGGAUGAGACUCCUACUCAAUUUGAAAACCAUGUGUUCAUUUCAGGUGACUGUGGCUACUGUAAUCACAUAACCAAGUUGAUAGGUGCUGGCCAUCGAGUUAUGAUGAUUUCCACAGGCAACCUAAAUGAUUCCCGUGUACUACUUCAACUGAAAUGGUCGAAGGUUUUUGGUCAACCAAAAGUCCCAAUCAUUAAGAGUCUCAAGGAAUCUAAACAAGCUGCUACGAAGAAAGCUAGAAGUAGAACUCACAAGAAAGACCUUCAUAAGAAGUCUUUUGAGGCUAGGCAGAAUGUAAUAGCUAACGCAAAGGAUGAGAAUGUGAAAAUUCCCAUGUGCAUUUCAUUGCUGCACUGUGGAUCAGUUCAAUUUGUCCUUGAGCUGGUUCACCACGUCCAAGUUCCAAGGAUCACAAACAUCAACGAUAUAUGUGUUUCCAUUCAUGCACCAGUAGCAGUUGAUGGAGAAAUUAGCCGUGAUGUCCAAGAAGAAUUAGCAAGGAGGCUUGGUAGACCAUUGAGUACGUUUACUUUCCAAAGAGUAUUCGGUAACAGAUGGAACGUCGUGGUGAAGAAGAAGCAGGAUGUGACAUGUAGAGAAGUGUAUGUGCAGCUAGUCAGUGCCAUACGGCCUUUGAUAUAAACAUUUCUAUAAUCUUCAAGAUGAAGAUUUAGUAAACGGUUCAACUCUUAUAGGAAUGUAUGAUGGAAUUGUUUUUGAAUACAUUGAUUUUGGAAUUUGGAUUUUGUUACGGUCAAAGUAAUGUCUGAGUCCUGCAAGAUGGCUGAUAUCACUGAUCAAGGCAUUUCCUGUAUGUCAUUCAUUAUUUAGUUUCCAAUGUAUGUUUGUCUCUUGUGUUCA